UCUACGCUACAGUUGCAAUAACCAAAUAACUUCCACUACUUCUCUUAUACGAGUCGAACACAAGUGACAGUUACUUUUGAAUUCCUUCAGUGAGACUCACAACUGUAAACACAAAAAGCAACAGCAUGUCAAGCCAAAUGUUCGUAAUCGUUUGCUUCGCCACCCUUUUGAUCGCCGCUGCGCAAUCCAGCAACGCUAUGGCUGUGCCACCAUUCUGCCAAUCGGGCAUGGUCGAGGAUAUGCCACCACAUAUCCAAAAAGUCUGCUCGGCACUCAACAAUUCGGAACAAUUGGCUACAGCGUUGAAAUCGUACUUGAAUAGCGAGGCGGCAGCUCUGCUGACCGAUCAGGCGCCCUUGAAGCGUUCCGAUGUUGAUCACGUUUUCUUGCGUUUCGGUAAAAGGCGUUAAAUUUCCAGCGCCGAUAAUGUUGCCACCGCCACCAAUACAUAUUAACCAACAGUUGACCGUUGAUGGACGCUAUGAUUUGCAACACAAACACACAAACACUCAAGCACGACCGCCAUGUGAAUAACCAACAAUAAMAAACGACCAAUUAUUGCAAAUGAAAAUUAAAGAAAUUCGCUUUAAUUUAAUCAAAAUUAUCUAACCAUA